AUGGGCGCAACGCUGUCAACUGAUAAGCCAAUCGUGCACACUACAAGCAAGGGAAAGCUUAAAGGCGUCCAAAGGAUUGACAAUGCCACACAAAAGCUAGCUUAUUAUCGCUUCACCCGUGUUCCAUACGCUCUGCCACCUACUGGUGAUCGGAGGUGGCGUCGCCCAGAAAAGCUCCCGACGGACUUUUCAUACGACGAUGCAGAUGGCGUUGCGGGCGAUUACACGAGAUUUCCCCCCGUCUGCCCCCAACCUCAUUACAAACAUGGAGCGGCAGAGGUGCUGAACCCUGAUCGCGUUCCAGAGCCAGAAACUGUCUUUGACGAGGAUUGCCUAUACGUCAACAUUUGGGUACCUGCUCAGAGCCCACCGCCCGAUGGCUGGCCAGUCCAGUUCUACAUCCAUGGUGGCUGGCUUCAAGUUGGUGAUGCGAACCACAUGAACAUGCAUGAUCCAAUUUAUCUCAUGCAGGAAUUCCCUCGCAUUAUUGUAGCUCCUGCUUAUCGACUCAAUCUGUUUGGCUUCAUGUCUUUCUCUGGCCUCCAGCAAGACAGCGCGGCCCACGCCCCAGGAAACUAUGGGUUUUGGGACCAGCGUGCCGCCCUCGAGUGGACAUAUGCGAACAUCACUGAGUUUGGCGGGAACUCUGAGAAUAUUUCCGUAGGAGGUCUAUCUGCAGGUGCAUAUUCAUCUAUCUUCCAACUGAACUAUGACGUCAGACGUCCAAACAAGGCCGAUCGGUUGAUCAAAAGGGUCUACUUGCACUCGAAUGCGGUUGGAGUUCAGCCGAACGAUGUGUCUUCUCCUGCACUCGAAGCCCAGGUAGAUGAGCUACUUACAGAGUGCGGUAUACCGAUCGGCCUUUCUCCCCAAGGAAAAGUUGAUGCUUUGCGACAGGUACCAUCAGGUACGCUGAUCAAGGCCGUACAUCGAAUGAAGCGACAUACCUUCCGAGCUGGCACAGAUGGAGACUUUGUUAACGCCAGCUUCUUGGCUGACAUCAACUCUGGGGAAUUUGGCAAACUUCUAGCGAAUCAAGGCGUGGAUGUAAUGCUAGGAGAGGUCGCUGAUGAAGCAACUCUCUACCGCAUGGUCAACCCAGCUUCCGAUUACGAUAGCCUUGUGGUGCAACUGAGCAACUACUACCCAGAAAAAGUGACCAAAGCCCUUCUGCAGUACUACACUCUUCCCACAACAGGGUCCAACAAGGAUGAGUGGGCCGACAUCGGAUCAAUCAUCAUCGGCGACUGUCAAGUUCAUGCUACGAUUCGUGGCUUCGCCGCCUCAUUGCUCAAGACCAUGCCUGAAGAACGUGUCUUGAGGUACAGGAUCUCAUGGCGUGCCAAGGCGCUGGACAACUGGCUCCAGCCGAAUAUUGGCAUGUGUCAUGCCUCUGAUAUCCCUAUCUGGUGGGCCUGUGGACGCCGGGCCGGAUAUGAGCAAGCUGAUCUUGACCUGGUAAGCGAGUGGCUGAACCCAUUCUAUCAGUACUUGUGUGGAGAUAAGCCAGCUUGGGGUGCUACUGGCUUGAAUAUGAUUAAAGAACUAAAGGCUGAGGGAAAAGUUGAGAAUAUGGAGGACGCAAAUCUAGAUAAGGGCCUUGAACGGGCUUGA